CCUACGACUCAGCCGUUAUUUUGUGGUUUCUCUUAAUGUAGCAACCAAAGUAAACACAGUGUACGAUAGUAGCCCAGCUAAUUUUAUUAAGAGUGUGUUUUACGGCCAAGAGUUUAGUCUACUGUGCUUGUGGGAGCUUUUCUUAAUUCCGUAGGCUACUAGUUUGCUGCUCAGCUAACCUUAGUUGUUAGCAUCUCGCUAACGUUAUGCUAGCAGUGUUUGUGUAAGCUCUGGAGCCUAGAGAGCACACUCACUGAUACACCUCUGACCUUGGCGGACUCCAGUCAUCCUCUUUCUCCACUUUACCACCAUGACGCAGUUGGACUUUCUUUCAUCACUGCCAUUGGGGCCGAAUACAAACCGUCAGCGGCCAUUGGAGGAGGGAUGUUGGGCUGUUCGCCGUGGGUUAGGUGGUCAGAUCAGUGUCCCGGCAGAACAGCUGAUGCAUCUGUGGUACAGUAAGUUUUUCCCAGCCACAGUCGGCAGUGGAUGCUGAUAACAAAGUUCAACAGGUCUAAUGUAAUCCGUGCCUGGGCUGACAGACAGACGGAGGUGGUAUAAGAGAGCUCUGUGUGUGUGUGUGUGUGUAUGUGUGUGUAUCUACAGACUGACAUCAUGAUGCGAGCACUGGCUCUCCUGCUGCUUCAGGUGGCAUAUGUUUUUGGAUGUGGUACGCCUGCUGUCAAGCCUGACACCAACAGGGUGGUGAAUGGAGAGGAUGCUCGCCCCCAUAGCUGGCCUUGGCAGAUCUCCCUGCAGGUGAAGCACGGCAGCCGCUACCAUCACACUUGUGGAGGGACUCUGAUUGGACCUCGCUGGGUGCUGACUGCCGGACACUGCAUCUGGCCAGGAGAUGUGUACCGUGUGGUCUUGGGAGAGCACGACAUGAGCCAGCAGGAGGGCACCGAGCAGAUCAGAGAUGUUCUGCGCAUCAUCGUCCACCCCAAGUGGGACAUUGACUUUGUGGCUGAUGGAAACGAUCUCGCCCUGCUGAAACUGGAUAAGAGCCCCAUAAUGAAUGACAGCGUCAGCGUGGCUUGUCUUCCAGAGGCUGGAGAGAUCCUCGCCCAUGGGACCCCGUGUUACAUCUCCGGCUGGGGCAACCUUUACACACACGGCCCCAUGCCUGAUAAGCUGCAGCAGGCCUUGCUGCCCGUGGUGGAGCACAGUGUGUGCAGCCGCAGCGACUGGUGGGGCAUCAACGUCAAGAGCACCAUGGUCUGUGCAGGAGGAGACGUCGUGUCUGGAUGCAAUGGAGACUCUGGCGGUCCUCUCAACUGUUUGGGCCAGGAUGGUCGCUGGUACGUCCAGGGUGUCACCAGCUUUGUUUCCUCUCGUGUCUGCAAUGAAGUGAAGAAGCCAACCGUCUUCACUCGCACCUCCGCCUUCACAGACUGGCUCAGUGACGCUGGUGAUGAAAGGAGGAGAAGACGAGUGUGACAGGCUUUCAGACGUGCAUCUAAGAGGCCCAGAGGGAUCUGAAUCUCUCAUAAAACUACCUCUGAUGACCAAAGUAGAUUAAAUGCAUCAUGCGGGACUCUUAAGGCAGCCUUUGGAGCUCAAUUUCAGAGGGAAACAUCAUCUCUAAAGUGUGUGAGUGAGCAUGUUCUGCUGAAACACCAACACAAGUCUCACAUUUAUCAUAAACUCAGCCGCUGCUCUGAUCGCUGACCGUGUAACACCCGGCCAAAUCAGGUAAAUAUUCCAUACCAAACAUGCGCUAUCAUCAUCAUCACUAUCAACAGAUCUGCCUCUUUAAAGUUUAACUUUGUGAACUCCUUUUAGUGCGGCUCUAAAUCUGCAGUGAUUGUUUUAUUGCGCUUUGGGAGUACCUGAAACAUCAUUCUGGCUUAAUCAUUGACUCAAAUUCACACCAUUUAGUUUAGAUGUAAGAUGCCAUGUUGUUACAGUCAUAUCUCAGCCAUAUCUCUCACUAUAAACUCAGACUAAUAAGCAAUAAAUGUGUGCACAUACGAGUGUGUGUGUGUAUGUGCAUGCAUGCUCAGGCCUGUGUGAAGACAGUGGGUAAAGUUAAGGCAGAUAACUAGAGCUGUACAUUAGCUGUCUGAAAGUGUUUUUGUGUUACAGUGGUGUUUGUGAACGCUCAGACUGGUGACAGUACAUGACCAGUGAGCCCAUUAUGAUAAAUUGAACUUUUAAUUUACCUGACA